UUUACAGGAACUGUUCCAGCACAAAUAGGUAAACUCUCCAAACUCAACUAUCUUGAUUUAUCAAACAAUCAAUUUACAAGUCAAAUUCCAACUUCGUUAAGUGGAUUAACUAGUUUAAGAACUUUGUAUCUCCAUACUAAUCAACUUUCUGGUCCCAUUCCUCCCGAGUUGGGAAAGUUGACAUCACUCCAGGACCUAGAAUUGAGCACGAAUAAUCUCACAGGUCAAAUUCCUACUUCGUUGAGAGCAUUAACUGCUUUAAGAACUCUGUAUCUCCAUACUAAUCAACUUUCUGGUCCCAUCCCUCCCGAGUUGGGAAAGUUGACAUCACUGCAGGACCUAGAAUUGAGCACGAAUAAUCUCACAGGUCAAAUUCCUACUUUGUUGAGUGGAUUAACUAAUUUAAGAACUCUGUAUCUCUAUGAGAAUCAACUUUCUGGUCCCAUCCCUCCCGAGUUGGGAAAGUUGACAUCACUCCAGGACCUCACACUUGGCACCAAUCAUCUCGCGGGUCAAAUUCCAACUUCGUUAAGUGGAUUAACUAGUUUAAGAACUCUGUAUCUCCAUACUAAUCAACUUUCUGGUCCCAUCCCUCCCGAGUUGGGAAAGUUGACAUCACUCCAGGACCUCACACUUGGCACCAAUCAUCUCGCGGGUCAAAUUCCAACUUCGUUAAGUGGAUUAACUAGUUUAAGAACUCUGUAUCUCCAUACUAAUCAACUUUCUGGUCCCAUCCCUCCCGAGUUGGGAAAGUUGACAUCACUCCAGGACCUAGAAUUGAGCAUGAAUAAUCUCACAGGUCAAAUUCCUACUUCGUUGAGUGGAUUAACUAGUUUAAGAAUUCUGUAUCUCUGUGAUAAUCAACUUUCUGGUCCCAUCCCUCCCGAGUUGGGAAAGUUGACAUCACUCCAGAAGCUAGGAUUGGGUACUAAUUAUCUCAUAGGUGAUUUGCCAGAAUUUUGUGGUGGAAGAGUAUUAGAAAUAUUUUCAGUGAGCUCCGAUAGACUUUCAGGACCAAUCCCUGAAAGCCUGAGAAAAUGCUCCAGUUUAGUUAGACUCCGGAUUGAUCACAACCAGCUUUUCAGAAAUAUUUCCGAAGAAUUUGGUGUAUAUCCAAAUUUGACCUUCAUGGACCUAAGUAGCAAUAAUUUCUAUGGUGAACUCACGAACGUCUGGGGUCGUAACAAACAACUACAAGCUCUGAAAAUUGCAAAGAAUAACCUUACAGGGAGUGUUCCUCCAGAAUUUGGAAGUUUAAGUCAACUGCAAGUAAUCGAUCUUUCUUCAAACAAGUUACGUGGGGAGAUCUCGAAGGAAAUUGGAAAGUUAACUUUACUUCUAAAUCUAUAUUUAGAGGAUAACCAACUUUCCGGAGGUAUACCUGAAGAAUUGGGAUCACUUUCACGUCUAGAAAACCUAGACCUUUCUAGAAACGAACUGACAGGUCAGAUACAUGGAAAUUUAGUGAACUCUGAGCAGUUGCAUUACUUGAAUUUGAGCUUCAACUAUUUAAGCCAGAGAAUCCCUCAUCAGCUUGGUAAGUUAAUCCAUCUAUCUGAGAUGGAUAUGAGUAAUAAUCUACUCACCGGAGAAAUACCAUCUGAACUACGAUUUUUGACAAGCCUAGAACUGUUAAACCUCUCCCACAAUCACCUCUUAGGACUCAUUCCUAAGAGUUUUGAAGAAAUGCCAGGCUCAAUGGACAUUGAUAUAUCCUAUAAUCAGUUGGAGGGUCCAGUUCCUAGCGGCAGAGCCUUUCAAAAUGUCUCUAUAGAACAACUACAAGGAACAAAGGAUUGUGUGGCAAUAUUGUAGGAUUACGACUAUGUAAAAGCCCAUCUAGAGUUAAAAACAAGAUGUGGAGUGAGCACAAGCUCAUUUUGACAAUUGCUACCCCUCUUCUUUGUGCUUUACUUCUAUUUACAUU